CGGCGACGGCAUAUGCCAGCACACGUAGCUCUUUUUAGCAGCAGCCGAGCAAUGGAUUCGGUGGAAAUCAAGUUUUAGUACGUGUUCCUCCGUGUUUGAAAACAGUUCGUUCGUUUUAGCUGAUGAUGAUGACAGUGUGGCGCGCGCGCGAGUGUGUGUGAAAAGAUUUUCUUGUUAGAAUUUCAAAUCGGAAAAUACAUAUAUAUACUUGUAUACAAGAAACCGCUGUGUUUAGUUGCAUUGAUAGUGAGCUCACACAUUGCUAUACAAUGAAAUAAAAGAGGAUAAGCAUUUUGAGAAAAAAAAUUGCAAAUAAAGAAAAAUGCAUGAUUGAUAUGAAAAACCAGCGAAAAAAGGCGGCAGACAUAACAAAAAGUAUAAAAAGAAAUGCAAAAAAAAAAAAAUUGUGAAUUUAAAACAAAUAAGCAAUUCCAUGCGUGUUUGCAUGCAAUGCGGCAGUAAAAAUAAACAAAACAACAACCACAACGCGUGCACACAUAUAUGCAAAUAAUAGCGAGAAUAUAUGACAUUUUUAGCAGCAGCAGCGGCAAACAUAUCAGCUAAAAUCACAAAAAGCAAGAACAAACAACGAGUGUGGAAAAAAAACUAAAAAAUUGCAAUAAAAACAACAAAAAAAAAUAUUGAAUAAUAAAAUACAGUAAAAUAAAGCAGAAAUUAAAAUAACCAAAAAAAAAUUGUUACUUGCGGCAAUUGAAUGACAAACAACAGCAAGAACUGCAGUCACAACGAAAAACACACGAAUUUUGCAAGAAUUCUUCUAUGUAUAUAGUACAUGAAUGUGUACUGUGCUGUGACAAGUAAAGCAGCGCAAUACGAGGCAUGCAAAUAAUUUCCAUGCAAUCAAACAAAUAAAUAAAUUCGUUUAUGCGGCAGCAAAUAGCAGUAUAAACAACUAAAAAGUAGUGCAAAGAAUAUAAGUGUAAUACAGAGCCGCUGCCAGUCACUUGUCUGCUGUGGCAAGUACCACACACGAACGAACGCCAACACGCACACACACAGGCAUAUGAGUUUCAGCGCAAUUGAGGCCCGCGUUCAUUAAAGGCGUAGCAAAUUUUUAUGGCGCUCGCUGCAUCCUGACACGUUUCGUGCACGGGCCUACAACAGAAAUUUUCAACGAAAACGCGUUUUAUUGCAACGCCAACAAAAGUCGCGGCAUCCAACGAUAUUAUUUGCUACGGCGACUGCUAAAACAAUAACAAUAACAACAAUAAUAAUAUAACGAAAAUGUCCAUAUCAAUGAAGCGCAAAUAUUCUACACUUACGACACGGCCAUGCUGCAUACUUGACAGCGGGAGCGACAACAGCAGCAGUGGCAGCAACUGUAAAUGUGCAACCAGCCAGCGUACACAUCCGCAUAACUAUCUAUGCCACCACAAACACAUUCCACACACCGCCCCCACUCACACCCACUCGUGCUGCCCUGCAAUGCGCCUCAGCUUUUUCAGCAUACUACUAAUGUCGCUGUUGUUGCUCAGCGCACAUUGGCACGCCGCAGAAGCCAAACCGAAGUCGCGUAAAAGUUCCAACAGCCAUCAUAGUAAUGAUGAGAAAUCACCAACGGAGGGUCAACGCUUCGCCAUGGAGCCGCAGGAUCAAACCGCUGUUGUGGGUUCACGUGUUACGCUGCCCUGUCGUGUGAUGGGCAAAAUGGGUGCAUUGCAAUGGACGAAAGAUGAUUUUGGCUUGGGGCAGCAUCGCAAUUUGAGCGGCUUCGAACGCUAUUCGAUGGUCGGCAGCGAUGAGGAGGGUGACUUUUCGCUAGACAUUUAUCCGGUGAUGCUGGACGAUGAUGCCAAAUAUCAGUGCCAAGUGGGACCCGGACCGGCGGGUGAGGCAGGCAUACGUUCGCGUUUUGCCGAGUUGACGGUGCUGGUGCCGCCGGAAGCGCCGAAAAUCACACAGGGUGAGGUGAUAUACACGACGGAAGACCGCGAGAUUGAGCUGGAGUGCGUGUCGGCUGGUGGCAAGCCAGCAGCUGAGAUCACUUGGAUUGACGGUCUCGGCAAUGUGCUCACCAAAGGCAUCGAGUACGUGAAAGAGCCUUUAUCAGACUCGCGUCGCAUAACAGCCAAGUCGAUUUUGAAACUUGUGCCCAAGAAAGAGCAUCACAACACGACAUUUACUUGCCAAGCGCAGAAUACGGCGGAUCGCACUUAUCGCGCUGCGAAAAUAAAAAUAGAGGUCAAAUAUGCUCCCAAGGUCGUGGUCUCGGUUAUUAGCGGCGCCUUGGCUGGUGGUCGCAUUUUGGAAGGCUCCGAAGUUAUACUGUCCUGCCAAGCGGAUGCAAAUCCACCACCACAAAGCUAUCGUUGGUUCAUACAUGAUGAAUUGGUCACCGGUGAUUAUACAACGAAAAUGAUCAUACACAAUGUAAGCCGACAGCAUCACGAAGCUUUGGUCAAGUGUGAGGUCGUCAAUGCGGUUGGCAAGAGCGAAGAGACCGAAACUUUGGAUAUCAGCUAUGCUCCAAUCUUCAAACAUCGUCCGAUCUCCGUUGAAGCAGAUUUAGGUACGAAUGCGAAUUUAGUAUGUGAUGUCGACGGUAAUCCGACGCCUGAAAUCGAAUGGAUUAACGAAAAUACAGACAAAGUCGUCGGCAACUCAGCGAAACUUGAGUUGAAGGUGACUACCGAGACCGCAGGCCGUUAUUACUGCAAGGCUAUAGUUACCGGCUUUCCAGAGAUCGGUGCGGAGGCCACAAUUUACGUAAAGCGUCCACCGAUUAUCACCUCCCAUAAGGUACAGUUCGGUGCUGUGGGUAGUCGUGCUAAAAUCGAUUGUGUGGCAUUUAGUGUACCAAAAGCCGAGCAGAUUUUAUGGUCCUUCGAUGACAAACUGAUUAAUAUGAGCACCGCCGAUCCGGAUAUCUAUAUAUUCGAGGAACAACAUUUGCCGGAGGGUGUGCGUGCAGCACUCAUUAUUAAAGAAAGCCGAUCCAGUCACUUCGGCCGCUACAAUUGUACGGUGAAGAAUUCAUAUGGCAGUGAUUCGUUGUUGAUCAAUCUGAAACCAGAACCGGGUUCGGUGCCUAUACUGCUUGUUGUAAUGGGCUCACUCUCUUCGGUUGCUAUUGUCAUUAUGAUUGUGAUGUUGGUGAUUGUUUACAUGAAGCGUAAUAAUAAGAAACCAAUUCCUGCGGAUGUCAUACCAGAGGCAUCACGUGGUGGCGAUAAGUUGUCUGGUCUGAAACAUGAACUGCGUGCUAAAGCCUACGAUGUGGACUACUCGGAAGCAGGCAGUGACGGUUUGGCCAUAAAUCUCACACAAGCACCCAUGCCAGAUGUCCAAAUGAAGGGCGCCACUUUAGGUGUACCACUGGCUGGUCCAGUGAAAUUGGACGACAGAUUUUCUGGCGACUUCACUUACAGCCGUCAAUGUCAUAUUAAGAACUUGAAGAAUCAAGACUACAAAGAGACUGUCAACGGUUAUGCGCCCUACUUUGAAUACGCGCUCGACUACAGUGCACCUACCGAAGGUGGCAAGCCCGGCGCUGGUGUUGCUAACAACGGCAACAAAUCCCAAAGUAGCACAAUCAACUCGGCCACCUUGCCGCACUACACAAACCCCGUUACAACGACCGGCAAUCUGAGUUUGCCACGCAAUCGCAACGAUAUGCAACAACAGCCACAACAGAGCACCGCACAAAUUGGUAAUGGAUUCCUUGCCGGUCAGUCGCUACUGCAGAACGGCAUAGACAGCCGCUUCAGCGCCAUCUAUGGCAAUCCCUAUCUGCGAUCGAACUCAUCACUACUACCGCCGCUGCCACCACCCAGCACGGCCAAUCCCGCCGCCACACCUGCGCCACCACCCUACCAACGGCAUCACCAUCACCCCAGCCAACAACAUGUGAACAUGAACGGCGGCAUCGGUGUGAAUGCGUUGAAGAACUUUAGCGCGGUCUCGGGCGGCAUUGGCAUUGCGGGCGGCGCCAAUAGCAAUGGCGGCCCAGGCAGCAUUAGCGGUAGCAGUUCUAAUCUGACCGCCAGCAGUAAUACACUGGCGGCCAUGACACCGCUCACACAGGGCGCCCCCUUGUCCACAGCAACACCGGUCACAACAACGGCGCCGGUGUCCGUGGCGGUGGCACAAAGUCCCUCCGGUCAAUUCAUCCUACCGUCGAACGGCAGUGCCAAACAAGGCGCACUCGCUACGCAUGUCUAAGAGAAAGCGUAGGCGCUAGCGCCACAAACGGCACCUUUUAUGCACGUACACAGCAGCACCCUGUAUACAAUUGGGAAGCACCUUGUACUUUAAUCAUGCACGCUACACAAUCGCCGCCGCAGAGACAAUUGUAGAAGUCCGUACCACGCGUCCUUAAAUGUCAAUGCUACGCACACGCACAUAUAUAUGCGCCGAUUUGUACAUAUAUAUGUGCCCACUACAUGCAUAUAUGUAUUGUACUAUGUAUAUCUAACGAGUAUGUAUUUAAGACUAUUUACACGGGUCAGCUAACUGUGAGUGGCUGGCUCGCCCAUAUCAUUAGCGUAUCUGUAGUGUAAAUUUUUAACUGUAAACGUAAAACCUAUUGUAAAUCGCUACUAACUGAUAAAGCAAGCAGAGAUUUUAGUCAAUUAGUGAAAGUUGUAAAGUUUUAACCAUACAAAAAUUAUUGCAAAUACAUUGAAUGUUAGUACUACUAGGUGGGGUGUGUGUGUGUGGAGAGAGUUAUGAAUAAAAUGAGAGGGAAAUAGAUAAAUAAAAAAAUUAAAAUUAAAAAAAAUUAAUUAAAUUAAAAAAAAUAAAAUUAAAAUAAAUAAAUAAAACUAACUA